CCAUUUCUUCCUCUCUUUUUCUCUAUCUAACUUUUACUUACUUUCUCUCUCUUUGAAUUUUUUUUUCUCGUUCGCAUACGCACCAAGGUGCUUUGUACAGUUAGCUCAGGUAUUGAGUGCUUCUCUCGCUCUCCUGUUUGUAUGAAAUUCUUAAAAUUAAAUUCUUCCUAAACUUUUUGAGACGUGAUUAAUUCAUUUGGUGUUUAUCGUCUAUUGAUCGUUUAAUUUCCUGCUAUUUUGUUGGUUCUUUGAAAGCCUAAAGGUACGGAUCAAUUGCUACGAGUUUGUGUUCUGGAUCUCCAUGAAAUUGAUUAAUCGAAUCGUUUAUUCAAUUUUUAACACUUACCUGUAACAAUCACUGCACUUCUGACUUUUUUAACACCGCGCGCUAGAAAUUUGUCCAGAUCUGUGAUGAAAUUUGAAGGAGCUGAUUUUAUUAUUUUUGUUUUAGAUAUACUUUUUUCUGUUUUCAUAUACUUUCAAAACAGAUCUGUGAUUGUUUUGUUGUUAUGUGUUCAUAUGCUGGAUUAAAAUAUACAGAUCCGAGUGUGUUGUUAUUGACCGUGUCAAGGAAGUCGACACCCUUACUUUUAACCUUUCAGUUUGCUCAACAUUUCUGACCAGAUCUAAUCUCCGCUGUCUCUUCCUAAGUUCUGUAAUGGAAGUAUUAAAACAAUAACGUGAUAAGUUUUGGAAUUUCAGUUCUAGUAUUUGUAUCAUUAGAUCUAUAAAUUUUGUUUGGAAAUUUACUCUAAGUUCUCUGCUCUUGUCCAGGAGCAUUUUUGUUAAUAGUUUUACUAGUAUCAGAAAGAAGGAAAAAAUUAUGAUUCACUGUGGAAUCCAGCAAAGUACUGUAGCUUCCCUUGAGGAGAUGAAGAGCUCUGUUUCAUUGAUUUCUGACAAGAGAGUCGCUCUGGUUUGCCCUAAGCCUCGUCGUCUUGGCCAGCUCAACACUGCUGCCAACAACACUGUAAGACCUUUCCGAUUGCAUUUCAGCGACCAGCAGGAAGGCUCUGAUACAAGGGCCGUAGCUGAUAUUUUGGAGGAUAUCAUUCUCACCAAGGGUUGUUAUGGUGGUGCAGAGCAAACAGGUGGACCACAUCAGGUAGCCUCGUCGCCCCCAUUUUUUUGUGGGUCACCGCCGAGAAGAGUUUCUAACCCAGUAAUUAUGGAUGUGAGGUUUGGGGAUGAGCAGCAGCACAAAACUCCCCCCGCGUCGCCUCAAACAAUCCCGACUUCUUCACCAAUUGUUGUGUUGUCCCCGUCGGCUUCCACGGGCAGGAAAGGUGGGUGCGUGAGGGCAAAUUUUGGAAACAAUCCAGCUGUCCGGAUCGAGGGUUUUGAUUGCCUCGACAGUGACCGGCGCAAUUGCAGCAUCCCUGCCCUGGCUUGAUGAAGAAUAAAACAACCAUUCCCCUUCCCCUACCGAAAAAAAACGACCUAGUAUACUUAAGAAAGUAAAUACAAAAGGUUUGAAGAGAGUUGAUUAUUAGCAGCAGCAGCAGGAAGAUUGACCGGGAACUUUGGAACAUUUUCCAUCGGCCAAACGAAAGAGAAAAUUGAGUUACAUAAAAACAAAAGGAUCCUUUUGCCUAGUGUAAAUAUGUUACGAGGGUCAUGUAAAUAGGUCUGUAAAUAUUACGAGGCUUAGAGAUGUGUGUGGGUAUCAAUUAGGACUGGUCAUUUGAUCGGAAUGGUUUUUUUUAAGGACACGAGGGAAACCCCUCGAGUGGUAAGCUUUGUUCAUGGUUAACGGUUUUGGGCUUUUGGGAUUCCAGAGUCGCAUCUUAUUGAAGCUAUUUUUACAUUAAAUAAAAGGAAAAAGUGUAA